AUGUACCUACCUCAGUACGAUUGUGCUGUGUUCACGCCCGACGGAGCCGGCCGAGCGCCCGCCUUGCCGCCGCCGCCACUGCUGCUGCAGCGCGCCCUUCAGUUCUACCUCGACAAUUCUCCGUCGCAUUCCCUUUUACUCAUCAGACGCGCAGCAAGCAAUCACAAGCAAAGCAACUACGCGGCAGCAGCAGCACCACCACCAUCCAUCUCGCUCUGCGGUGUUAAACCUACCUCUUACAGUUCCUUGCUGAGAACCGACCUCUCUCUCUCACCUCCAGGCUUGCUGCUUCUUUCUCCACACACCUUACUUACCUCCACCUUACACACAUACGCAAUGGGUAAGACCUUCCCACUCCUCCUCCACCACCACCACCAACACCUCUACCUCACCUUCACCGUCUCAACGAACACUUCAACCCUCUUUUACUACCUCGUCGCACCGACCACUCUCAUCGCUGCGCGUGUGGUGACUGAUCCUCAUUCCCCUUCUCUCCUGCUGCCUCGUGCCUCUCAAGAGACAACUGUCCGCCACCACUUCUUGCAUCGCACAACAUUGCAAUCAGCUUACAUUUUCAUCUCAAGGCGACGACGAAUAUCGCUCUCGCGGACACCGUGA